AGGGAGGAUAAGAGAGACAACGGCUCCUCUUAGCCUAAUGGAGGACGGUUCAAAAGUUUAACACGCCGGCCACUCGUUCACAUCUUUAUUACCUCUUUGAGUCAUUGUGUGCGGGUGAGGGCCGAUCACAUCGACGGCCAUUAAACCAAAUGUCGGGCCGGUCUGCGGGGGGGUGGGUGUAUGGUGGAUGCAUUAGGGAAAUUGGUUCUGGCUGCCUGAGACGACAUACUGUACUGAAGUAAUUACAGUUUGUGGAGGGAUGCUGAGGCCAGUGUGUGUGUGUAUGGAUGCGUGUCCAGAAUAGUCUGCCGCAGAGGGUCCACGCCCCGCCCUUCCAUCUCCCCCCACCUCAAAGUGGCUGCCAACGGGAUAGGGCUGGGGCUUUAUUGAUGAGAUGGAUGAGGAGGGAGAUAGGGAUAGAGAGACAGAUGGGGCUUCUGUCCAGGCCAUGGCAGUGCUGGGGAGCCUGCGCUCAGGGAUGCCGCCAGCCUGGUCAGCCUCCACUGAUUAGCAGCCGCAGGAGCCCCAGUGCCACUGAUGAUGGUGAUGCACACCCUUAGAGGAUCAGAGCUCGGCUGAGGCAUCUCAAGAGACUUCCACUUGCAGGGAUGGGACUCACCUGCUUCAAGUCCUGGAAGUACAACAGUGCUGCACAGAAAGGAGGAAACAGGGAUGUACUGGUUAGUCCUGGCUCAUAUUUCUUCCUGUCAAACAGCUGUGGUCAGGGGGAGGAAUGGCUGAAGAGCCUAAAUAAGGGCAUCUGGAUUCCUUUUACAGGUGUAUUUGGUCAAAGGUUGGAGGAGACAGUCCUGUACGAGAGGAGGUAUGGGGAUCACAUGGCUCCUUUGGUGGUGGAGCAGUGUGUUGAUUUCAUCCGAGAGCAGGGGCUCACCGAGGUGGGACUCUUCAGGCAGCCACACCAGUCAAACACCUACAAAAAACCUACAAUAAUCUUUAGAAACCAGUCUAAACAAACUUAAGACAAUUAAGAUAAUGAACAUAACAGCACAGAUGUCCACACAGUAGCAUCUUUGCUAAAGCUAUACCUCAGGGAGCUGCCUGAACCUUUGGUGCCAUUUUCCCGCUAUGAAGAGUUUCUUGUAUGUGGCAAAAUAAUCCCACAAAAACAAACAAAGGGUUUGCAAGAUUUGAGGAGUCUCCUUUAUGAGCUACCUGUUGCAAACUUCAACCUCCUGAAAUACAUUUGCCAAUUCUUAAAUGAUGUGCAGUCAUACUCCAAUGUCAACAAGAUGAGUAUCCAGAACUUGGCAACUGUUUUUGGGCCAAAUAUACUAAGGCCUAAAGCUGAGGACCCAGAAAGUAUCAUUGGAGGGGCAGCAGUUGUGCAACAUCUAAUGUCUGAACUGAUCCGUGAGCACAGCUUGCUCUUCUCCCGAGAGAACUGCAACACUCCUGAAACAUCUUUACAAGCCGCCCACCCCAUACAAAGACACAGUAACCUUGUGGAAUGGGUGCACGAACCACCUGCCCACCUGAGGGAACCUCUGUUGAGCAAAGAUCACAUGGUCCUUCCAGAUCAGACUGUUGCCUGUCCACAUAAACACUCUUUACCACUAAACACAGAGAGGAGAGGGUCUUUUCAAAGCCCUUGUGAUAAAAACAUUACCCAUUUAUCAGAGACGGAGCAACAACUUCAAGAAAACUCUACACCAACCAGCUCUGCUCUGAUUUAUGACAACUACAGUCAGAACAGCCCACAAGAAUCUCUCCAUACAAGACAUGUACAUACACCCUCAACCCCACUACCUGCCACUACUGCCUGCUCUUCUUUGAGCAAAGAACUGGAAGCUGGAGUUCAAAUAUGUAUGCAGUCAAGGAGCUGGCCUGACAUUGAAGAACCCAGCUGUGGACCAGAAAAAACCUUAGAGGAAAGUGGAGGCAGCAGUGAAGCCCAGGAUAGUACCUUAUCUGUCUAUGACAACAUAGCUACUGAGGAGCAGGGGGACCAAUAUAUAGAAGAGAGGGAGGCAAAAGGUACUACCAGUGUGGCUGAGAGCAACAGCUCUUGGUCCUCCAGUGAGAUCGUGCCUUUGGAUGGGGGCAGUGGGAGUGGUGGAACUGCAAGCCCUUGCAAUGUCUCCCCAAGACAGUUCCCCUCUUUCAGGAUGGACUCUAGAAUGGAAGAAUUUCGUCCCAACUCCCCUGCCUCAUCCUCUGCUCCUACAGAUGCGCCUUUAAGCACUGGCAGCAGCGAAGUCUUUUUGCCAAAUGCUCCCCAAGAGCCCCUGGUCUUUCCAGCUUCCCACGCAAUGCAGUGCGUUGUUGCAGGGCUUCAUCAACAGAUGACCAGACAAAAGGCAGAGUACGAGGCAAAUAUCAACAGGUUGGAGCAGAGAAACAAGGUACUUCAGGGGGAAGUUGCAGGGCUGCGCUCAACUCUGGAGCAGCAGCGGCGCUGGGUCAGUGUGGCUGAGAUCAAGAUGAGAAAUGUAGAGCGAGCCCGUGCUGAUGCUGAUAGACGGAACACCACUCUGCAACAGGAAAUGGAGCAGUUCUUCGAAACAUUUGGCGAGCUUAACACAGAGGCCCGGAAAACCAGUCGCAUUGUUCAAAGUUUUUGAAACAAUCAUGUGCUUUGCUACAAGACCAACCUCAGUAGCAUAUUAAGAUUUCAUUGUUUAAAAGCAGUGUUUUUCAACUCUGGUCAUGGCAUUACCCCCAAUAGCAUAUAUUUUUGAUGUCUUUCUUAUCUGAUACCUCCAUUCCAAGUCUGGGUGUUUCAACCAACAAGCUGAUGAGUUGAAUUAGUAAGACAUAAAACAUGUUCAGUACUACAAGUACUCCAAGACCAGGGUUGAGAAACAGCUAUAUUAAAGUAAUGUCUGUAAAAAAAAAAAAUAAAAACAGGAGUCUUUUUCAGGGCUGUAGAAAUGAGGAUGCAUUCCUGAGGGAAACCAUUGCCCCACUUUCAAGUACAGUUCUGUUGCCUAAACGACUGUGCAGACCAGCAUGUUCAAAAUAAUACUAAAGGCAAUUUUCUGCCAUUUAAGUGAUCAAAGACAAUGGAAUGACCCAAAGUAGGAUAAAAUUUCAUGUCUAGUAAGCAUGGAUGCCAUAUUUGAGAAAAGAGACUGUAAUGAAAACUAGGCCCUAGGGAUGCUCUUAAUAUAAAUGAGCUCAAACUUAAAAAGUCUCUGCCCUGACUGAGGGUCACUGUACAUUUUAUUUAAUUGGGACCUGUGUAGGUAACACAAGACACAGUCAUACCUUGUACACAAACUGUUCAUACACUGAAUGCAUUUGUACCAUAUGAAAUAAAGCGUAAAACAGACAGUA